CUCCUCGACUUCUUCUCUCUCGCUCUCUCCUCUCACCGACGAAUUGAGGCACGAUCCUUUUGCAGACUGGAGGUGAUCUAGGGUUUCUGCGUAGCAGUAGAUUCGUCAACUGAGCAAAAGAAUUAGAAAGGGUGAUAACUGAAAAGAGGUAAAGAUGUCAGGAAUGGGAGAUGGAUAUGUGGGUACAGCCCAAGAUGCUGUGCGGAUACGAAGGCUUGAGAAACAGAGGGAAGUCGAGCGGAGGAAAAUCCAAGAGCUCAAGAACAAGUCUGCUUCUGUUGGGGGACAGACUGGUCUUCUCCAAUUUGGCUCUGGCACUUCUGAGAUUCUUGACACUGCUUUUAAAAAGGAGACAGUUGGUCUUGUUACUAGAGAGCAGUAUGUUGAGAAGAGGGUCAAUAUCCGAAAUAAAAUUGAGGAAGAAGAGAAGGAGAAACUUCAGAAGUUGCAACAGGAGGAGGAGGAACUUCAAUUACAAAAGCGAAAAAAGAGGAAGAUAAAAGGAAACUCACAUCUUUCAUUUGCUGAUGAUAUUGAGAAUGGAAGUGAUGAGGAGAAUGGUGAAAACAAAGGACAUGAGUUGAAGAGGUUUGGGAAAUUUGGCAAGGAUCCAACCGUAGAGACAAGUUUUCUGCCAGAUAGUGAGAGAGAAGCAGAGGAACAGGCUGAACGGGAAAGGUUGCGGAAACAGUGGCUUCGUGAGCAGGAACAGAUCCGAAAUGAGCCCCUUGAAAUUACUUACAGUUACUGGGAUGGAGCAGGCCAUAGGCGUGUGAUUCAGGCACGAAAAGGUGAUACCAUAGGAGAGUUUCUUCGGGCUGUUCAGCAGCAACUUGCACCUGAGUUCCGAGAGAUCCGAACCACCUCAGUAGAGAACUUGCUUUAUGUCAAGGAAGAUUUAAUAAUUCCCCAUCAACAUAGUUUCUAUGAACUAAUUGUCAACAAAGCCAGAGGCAAAAGCGGGCCGCUUUUCCAUUUCGAUGUUCAUGAGGAUGUUCGGACAAUUGCUGAUGCGACAAUAGAGAAGGAUGAGUCCCAUGCUGGAAAGGUGGUGGAGAGGCAUUGGUACGAGAAGAAUAAGCAUAUCUUCCCUGCUUCAAGAUGGGAGAUUUAUGAUCCAACAAGGAAAUGGGAGCGUUAUACCAUUCAUGGGGAUUGAUGUUGUUUUCUUUUUUCUCAUUCUGUUUUUUUUUUUUUCUUGUUUGGGGGGGGGGGGGGUGUUGU